AUGAGGUCAUAUACCGAAGACGAUAUUGCAAUGGCACUUAGAGCGAUCGUGAAUGAUCAAUCAAUACGAAAAGCUGCUUUGGAUUAUGGUAUACCAAGAGCUACUCUUCAAGAUCGUAUAAAUGGAGGUUUAUCGCAUCGAUUGAGUACUCAAAACCAGCAAAAGAUAGCUCCAAUUCAGGAGAAACAGCUAGCAAGUUGGAUAUUGAUACAAGAAGCAUUGGGAGUUAGCCCAACACACCGACAAAUAAGAGAGAUUGGCGAGAUUCUCCUUAUUCAACGAGAGGAGGAUCCAACACUUGGAAAGCGAUGGAUACGAAAUUUUAUUCGUAGGAAUCCAGAGAUUAGAACCAAAUAUCAGACUAGAAUCGAUUCAGCACGAGUUACAGGUACUACUACUGAUACAUUAAAGGAGUGGUUUAAAAAGCUCGAUCUCCCCGAUAUCAAGCAUAUUAAGCCAGAAAAUAGGUGGAAUAUGGACGAAGCUGGUAUUAUGGAGGGUCAGGGUCUAAAUGGGCUAGUAGUAGGAAGUUCUUAG